AACAUUUCCUUUUCCAUCUCCUCGUUGUUUAGGUUUUAGUACACUCCCUCUGCAUUGGCAAGUUGUCAGGCGUCUUGGUAAUUCUGCGUUGUAAUUCUAUAAUGAUUAACUCGGACAAGGGAAACGUAUCAGAGAGACUCUGAGUUUCAAGCACAGAAGAAUAGCUGGGGAGAGGCAGCAAUCUUUCACAGUAAAAUGCAAAGGUACUGACAAUGGAGAUCACAGCUUUGGGUUUUCUAUGGCUUCUUUCUGCAUUCCCCCUUACGACACAAGAGUUGGUGAGACUGAAGGUGAAACCCACACUUUCUGCAUUAUGUGGGAAAGAGGUUUCCCUGCACUGCAACACAUCUUCAUCUCAGCGGGGACUAUUAAUCACACACAUGGAGUGGUCCCAAGACAAAACUCCCCUGUGUUCAGUGAACAGUGAAGAAAAACUGACCACAUACAAAAGACACUCUCCCAGUGACUUCCAUUGUAAAUAUACAGAUGGAAGUCUAUCCCUUGUCUUUAAAGAAGUGCUGCCUCCGGAGAGCGGAAUAUCAAAGCCCUACAGAUGCAAACUGCACUCCAAUCAAGGAGUGCCCCAUGAAUAUACAAGAGUGGAAUUGCAAGAGUGUUGUGGGCCAGUUGAGAGCAUUGUAGGGAGUGACGGACCCAGCUGCACCUUCAAUCGCGUCUACCCAGACGGAGAUGUACACUGGUUUCAUAGCUUCCAUAACCUCUCUGAUGGAUCUGUGAGGCACAACACUGCAAAAAGUGUGGAUAAACAGGGAUGGGUGACGAUUCGUAGUUGGCUGACCAUUGAUGAUAGCCUGGACUGGAGAAAUUCAGUUGUGCCUUACAACUGUUCCCUGAAGAGCACUGUAUCUGAUAGAUACAUUGCAAGUACUUUGGUUCAGAAACCUGAACAUGACGGAGGCAAAGGCUACAAAAUUUGUUCACAAGGAAACAUAAAUAUAUUUCUGUCUUUCUUAUUUUUUUCUUUAUUCCACUGAAAUAAUGAAUUUGACAAAUCAUAUUCACGUUGAAUGAUAAGUUUUAAUCAGAAAAGUAAGGUACUAAAACCGGUUUGUUUGGUUUGUUAAUUUGUUUUUUGUCUAUCUUUCUUUGAUUACACAAUCAACAGUGCUCCAGAUUAAGAGCAGCAGGGAAAACACUAACAAGAAGCACAGUUCUAUAUAAAGCAAACAUCCCGUUUGGCGACUUGUUUGGUUCAUCCCUAAGCUACAUGUUUGAGGAGUAUUUAUUGCAAAAAAUAACCUACCUGCAGAUGUAUACAUAAUCAUUUUUCUUUCAGAAAAGUAAAAUUCUAUGAGUUUGAAAAAAAUUAAAUAAGAUAAGAAAACACAAUAAACAUAGGUUUAUUAACAGUUCUGUCCAUGGAUAGUUGCUGCCCUCUUGUGAACUAUUUCCAAUAAUCAAUACACAAGAAACAACUGCCCACUAUAUAUAUAUAUAUAUAUAUAUAUAUAUAUACAUAAUGCAAAACCUUGUUCAUUAUCAAAAAGUAAGUGUAUAAAAUAUGCAUCAUCAAAUGGCACAGCAGGACAAUACGGGAUGAAGCCAAUGCAGGGCUGCACACAUAGAUCGUUUAUAACGUUAAUAAUACUUUGGCAGAGAUGCCAUUAUUUGCUCUGUGAUUUUCCAUUUACUUUGGAUUAUUCUCAUAGGGCGAAAAAUACAAGAAGCAUUCUACAUUUAGCAACUUGAAAGACAUUUGAAUGGUUAUAUUUAAGUUGAACAUUUGUAAUUAGCUGACAUAAUAAUAUUCACAUACCUUUUAUUCAAAUCCAACAUGCAGUCAUUGUGAGCACAAGACAAAUAUGAAUAUUUUCACCUUGUGACAGACUGACAAUCUGUCAAGUUUGUACCCUGCUUCAUGGCUAGUAACAACUAUUGGCUCUACCACACUCAAGACUCUAUUUGGACUUUGCAGGUAUAGAAAAUGUAUAGUAUGAUGUCCAUCUUUUACUGAUCAAGCUCUUGUGGGUUACUGCCAGGGGUAAAAGCCAUCUUCAAUGGAAAGGUCCUGCCUUCUUUACAUCUCAGAGCUUCCUCAUCCCAACAUCAGAGCUUUCUCAAAGAGUUCCUCUUUGCUACUGAAAUGAUUACAUUUAACUUAUACUGCUUACACUGAUCAAUGAUUUACAAGAGCCAAAUAACCAUGCUAACUUAAGAAAAUGUAGUUUUAACCUUUUUUUUGUUGGAAUAAUUACACUGUUGUGUUUCAUCAUCUUAAGUUUGAUUUUUUUUUUGUGUCGGAUGUCAAAGAAUAGAAUAUCGAUGAAAUCAUUUGAAAUUUCAGGAAUUUUUGGUGAUGAGAUUUAUGGUUUUCAAUGACAGUGGUAAAUGAUUCACGUCGGGAAAAAUUGUAGCAUUCAUGAAAAUUUACAUUAAUCUAUUAGACAUUUCUUUUUUGGUGCUUAUUUUAUAUCCUUGUGAUGCUAUAAUGUGAUCUUUUCAUUUAAUUACAUGGCAUAUAAGUUUAUUAUAAAUUUGAAUGAAUAAAGUUCAAUUUAUAUGACUCUGCUUAAAGAGGAAGACGUACCUAUUUUAUUUUCACAGGACAUUCACUCCAGAGAGUGUUCAAACUCCUUGGUGUUAGAGGACUGCAAUUGAGGGAAGCCACCAAGAACAUUCUUGAGGCCGCAGAAAAGGCCUAGCAGUGGCUGUGGAUCCGUAGGGGGGAUCCGUGGUGCGCUAUUUGGACAUAAGCCGG